AUGAGCCCUGACGGCAAAAUCCACGAGUUGCUCAUACCAGCCAAUACAACCGCUACUCUAGUGGCACAUCCGGUCGCUUUUGAUAAUAUAACAGAUGGACCCUUCAUCCGCUUUGCGCCAACCAUUGAAGAAGGAGAACAGCAUUUGUGCCAUCAGUACAUGUUCAAUUGGUGUCCCGAUGAUCCGAGUCAAAUACACGGUUUUGUCGCCGACGCAAGCCCUGCUGGUCAAACAGCAAGGGGGAACGUGUUUUGCACUGCGGGGACGUUCAACAUUACACUUCGAGAAAUGGGGCCCAUGGGUCUUCUUGAUGGGAGACUUAUUGACGAUUUAGUUAGAAAACACACGAGAGUUUGUGUGACCACGGAAGAUUGCCAAAACUCGACCGACCCGAGACAUUGUCAAGAUGAUUUACUGAUGGAUAUUGUGCAAUAUUGCGAGAAGGACAACGAGCAUGCAUAUAAACACUCUAAAACAAACGAACCGCAUUAUCCAACAUUGUCAGAUGCAAGUAAAAUUUCCGCUAGUCAUCAUCACACGUUCGCGGCACAAAAUGACUUUCCAUUACUUCUAGCUAUCCGACCGUUGAAGUGGAUUGAUCCUAAUGUCGAUUUUCGUUGGGCAAUGUUGGAGACACUAAAUGAGAAUCCAAAUGUUGACUAUCUCCUUCCAAUGAUCGUUGAGCCAUCAGAGAAACCCCUUUGGAUCGGUUUUUCCCUAAAUGCCGAAGAAACCUGGUUUACAAUAUUGGAGAAAUUACAUUCGGAACACAACGAUAAAAAUUGUUCCUAUGAGUUUUGGUAUGGAGCAGCUCCAAAUAAGUUAACGCCUACGACUGAAAACAGAAGAUUGCUUACAUUUAGAGACGAAGAACCUUUUUACGAACAAUAUCUAGACGCAAGUAUCUUCAGUGUCUUUAUACCACCGAAUUGUGCGCCGACGAUUUUCUUCCGAUCAAAUCGUGACUUAAUCCAAGGCAAUGAUACGACGAAGAGGCAAAGAAUUUGUUCCGGUAUUCACGCAUUUAUCAGUCGUCAUUUUGCUGGUUAUGGACGGGAAAUCGAAGAGGGAUACUUUCUCUCGAGAACAAUCUAUUGUGAUCCC